CUGGAGGUGGUAUAUCCUGUCUGGCGGAGGGCGGGCCUCGCCAGUGCCACAGAGGGACGAGCCGGGGGUAGAGGCGCCAGGAGCAGCUGCCGGGAGCCUCAAGCAGACCGCGCACUCUAUGGCCAUAGGGAGCCGCUGAGAGCCAGAAGAGCACGCUCCCGCCGCCCGCUGCGCCGCACGCCCUCCUGCGCCUCUCUGCCCGCCCGGCCCGGCCCGCGCCUCCCGCCACCAUGAACCACUCGCCGCUCAAGACCGCCCUGGCAUACGAGUGCUUCCAGGACCAGGACAACUCCACGCUGGCCCUGCCGUCCGACCAGAAGAUGAAGACCGGCACGUCGGGCCGGCAGCGCGUGCAGGAGCAGGUGAUGAUGACGGUCAAGCGGCAGAAGUCCAAGUCUUCCCAGUCGUCCACCCUGAGCCACUCCAACCGAGGUUCCAUGUACGACGGCCUGGCCGACAAUUACAACAACUACGGCACCACCAGUCGGAGCAGCUACUUCUCCAAGUUCCAGGCUGGAAACGGCUCAUGGGGCUAUCCGGUGACUGACUUCACCCCCGGCCCUCACUUCCUCCUGUGCCGAAGGGAUAUAACAAAGUCGACUUUGUUGGAUUAUUGUCAGGAUCAAAUCUACAAUGGGACCCUCAAGCGGGAGACGGACAACAGGCGCUUCAGCUCCUACAGCCAGAUGGAGAACUGGGGCCGCCACUACCCCCGGGGCAGCUACAACACCACGGGCGCGGGCAGCGACAUCUGCUUCAUGCAGAAGAUCAAGGCCAGCCGCAGCGAACCUGACCUCUACUGCGACCCCCGGGGUACCCUGCGCAAGGGCACGCUCGGCAGCAAGGGCCAAAAGACCAGCCAGAACCGCUACAGCUUCUACAGCACCUGCAGCGGUCAGAAGACCACCAAGAAGUGCCCUGUGCGCCCACCUUCCUGCACCUCCAAGCAGGACCCGGUGUGUGUGCCCACCAUCUGCAACAAGGACCUGUCCUUCGGCCACUCGAGGGCCAGCUCCAAGAUCUGCAGCGAGGACAUUGAGUGCAGUGGGCUGACCAUCCCCAAGGCUGUGCAGUACCUGAGCUCCCAGGACGAGAAGUACCAGGCCAUCGGGGCCUACUACAUCCAGCACACCUGCUUCCAGGAUGAAUCCGCCAAGCAGCAGGUCUACCAGUUGGGCGGCAUCUGCAAGCUGGUGGACCUCCUGCGCAGCCCUAACCAGAACGUCCAGCAGGCGGCCGCGGGCGCCCUGCGCAACCUGGUGUUCAGGAGCGCCACCAACAAGCUGGAGACCCGCAGACAGGGCGGGAUCCGCGAGGCCGUCAGCCUCCUGAGGCGGACCGGGAGCACCGAGAUCCAAAAGCAGCUGACCGGGCUGCUCUGGAACCUGUCGUCCACCGACGAGCUGAAGGAGGAGCUGGUGGCCGACGCCCUGCCCGUCCUGGCCGACCGCGUCAUCAUCCCCUUCUCCGGCUGGUGCGACGGCAACAGCAACGUGUCCCGAGACGUGGUGGACCCCGAGGUCUUCUUCAACGCCACGGGCUGCCUGAGGAACCUGAGCUCGGCGGACGCGGGGCGUCAGACCAUGCGCAACUACGUGGGGCUCAUCGACUCCCUGAUGGCCUACGUGCAGAACUGCGUGGCUGCCAGCCGCUGUGAUGACAAGUCAGUGGAGAAUUGCAUGUGCAUCCUGCACAACCUCUCCUACCGCCUGGACGCGGAGGUGCCCACGCGCUACCGCCAGCUGGAGUACAACGCACGCAAUGCCUACACUGAAAAGUCCUCCACUGGCUGCUUCAGCAACAAGAGCGACAAGAUGAUGAACAACAACUACGACUUCCCCCUCCCCGAGGAAGAGAGCAACCCCAAGGGCAGCAGCUGGCUCUACCACUCGGAUGCCAUCCGCACCUACCUGAACCUCAUGGGCAAGAGUAAGAAAGAUGCCACCCUGGAGGCCUGUGCUGGCGCCCUGCAGAACCUGACGGCCAGCAAGGGCCUGAUGUCCAGCGGCAUGAGCCAGUUGAUCGGGCUAAAGGAGAAGGGCCUGCCCCAAAUCGCCCGCCUGCUGCAGUCUGGCAACUCGGAUGUGGUGCGGUCGGGGGCCUCCCUGCUGAGCAACAUGUCCCGCCACCCCGCGCUGCACAGGGCCAUGGGGAACCAAGUGUUCCCAGAAGUGACCAGACUCCUCACCAGCCACACUGGCAACACCAGCAACUCCGAAGACAUCCUGUCGUCGGCCUGCUACACCGUGAGGAAUCUGAUGGCCUCGCAGCCGCAGAUGGCCAAGCAGUACCUGAAUGGCAACGUGCUGCACAACCUGGUCAACCUGUGCCGCGGCAGCACCUCGCCCAAGGCUGCGGAAGCUGCCCGGCUCCUCCUGUCUGACAUGUGGUCCAACAAGGAGCUGCAGGGCGUCCUCAGACAGCACGGCUUCGACAGGAACAUGCUGGGGACCCUGGCCGGGGCCAGCAGCCUCCGGAACUUCACCUCCAGGUUCUAAGAAGAGGAGGCUGCCGCACAAGUUCAGCUGGCAGGGACGUGACCCAGUGGAGAAGACCUCAGGCCCUGCCGGAUGGGUCAUGCUGUCCAUCUGUGCAGUAUUUGGAAAAGUUCAGAGCGACCUGAAGACUGUGGAUGAUGGAAAUGUUUUUAGAUUCUUUUUUUUUUUCCUAGGGGGACCUGGCAGGCAGUGGGGGGUGGGGAGGCUGGGCAGGGAGGAGUUUUCUUGAGUUUCAAAAGGGCUUAUUUCUGAUGUCAAUGCCUCUUCCUCUAAGAAGCGGUAUAUAUAUAUGUGUGUGUGUGUGUAUGUGUGUGUGUGUAUGUGUGUGUGCCAUGUGUGCAUGUGUGUGUGUAGGGCUGCCUGGACACGUAACCACUCCAAGAGCCAGGCAAGCUAUGCCCCUGCAGCUCAGCUCACGGCCGUCCAAGGUCCUGCAGGCCUGCUGCCCACCACUGCCCAGUGCCCGGCAGGAGGGGAGAGGAGCUGGGGCUGGGGCUGGGGCUGGGGCUGGGCCUGGGGCUGGGGCUUGCCGCCUCCCCGAGAGGCUGCUUUGCAGGGUGGAGGCCGGCCCGGCUCCUGUAUCUCAUGGGAAGAUCUCAGCAGUCUCAGGAGGCCUGGGGCGGGCGCGGGGCGGGGCCCAGGGAGGCCGGGACCAUCGUGUUGGCUCUGUGCGGUGAGGACAGCCCUGGGAGCCGGAGCCAGCAAGAUGGGGCUCACCGGUGCCGCGUGGGCGAGGCUGGUAGGGGGCUUGGAGUCCUGAUGCUGCGGGGGAAAAAGAAGUUCCAGGUGGUGCUGAAAGCCAAAGAGCCGUUCAGGGAAUGGCCAGGGCAACAGGCCGGGGCUGGGCAUCCUACCCACCCCGGCUUCCGGUGCGGGGAGCGCACGAGGCUGACCUGAACCCGAUGCUGCAUCCGGGGGCACUUGACUAGACCAGGGAAGACAGCAUCUCUCCGUGCGUCCCAGCCGGGGACGCCCCACUGCCCUGCUCCCCAGCCAGCCUGCCUGCCUUGCAGCUGCGCAGUAGCAGGAGGGCUCCCGGGGGAGCCUCCGAGGAAACCUGUCGGGAGCCCUCUCAGCGUCCUUGCCCCAGCCCCCACCCGCCGUGGCACAGGCCCGGGUCCCUCUGCACUCGGACAUGGGCUGCUGCUGGCUCCUCCUCGGCCUCUGCCUCCGCCUCCCGACUGCACUCAGCCCAGGCCAGGCCACUUCCCACCCCAGCAGUCAGCCUGGAAGACGGCUUCGUGGACUCAGGAGGACUGGGAAGGGGCGGGGCACCUGGCAGGUGCAGCCUUGUCCUCUGGUGCUGAGCCUGGGCCUCACACGACCACAUUCCACACCCAGAACAUGACGGUCCGAUCUGCAGACAAAUGAGAGGGGACACAGACUCUGUUCCCACCCUGGCCCUGGGCUCUCCCAGGCUUGAGACAAACCCAGCAAUUGGCCACCAGCAGUGGCCAGGUGACACAGACCCCACACCUCUUGGGCGAGGAUACCACUGCCAGUCCACCUCUGCACCUGGCUGACAGGCAGGGGCUCAAAUGACCCAGGCUGGGUGCGGGGAGGGCCGGGGCAGGAAGGCCUGGGCUGCCGCGAGGAAUCUUGGGGCUUCCCAACAGCCUGUCCUCCCCGCCGCUUUGUGUUUGCAUGAGAGCCUGUGCCAGCCCAGCCCAGCUUCCCUGUAUGUUAUACCAUGUAUUUGCUUUUUUGGAAAUAUAGGAAAUCAAUAAAUUGCUAGCGUUGUCUUGAA